AUGGCGUUUCCAGGUCUCUCCCUACCGGGCCUCAAUAUCACCCAAUCACCCCCUCCUACCAAUCUCACCACGACCGCCGCUUCAGCUCCACCACGCACAAUCUCCCUCGCCGCUACCUCCGAAUUCCGCUUCGAGGCUUCCCACAACUCCCCGUUAACGAUCACUCUCACCUCCGGCACCGCCGAAAUCUUCGGGACCGAACUUGCCCCUUCCCGCCGGUACACAUUCCGCGGUUCGAAAUGUGCGAUCUUCACCUGGGAAGGAUGCACCUUGACCGUCGAAGGGACGUCGGAGAGCGAAUACACCGCGGAAGAGACGCCGAUGAAUGUGUACGCGAAUGUCCACUUUGCGCUGGAACGGCUACGCGGUGGGGUGGAGAACGCGAGGGACGGGGAGACCAGGCCCCGGGUGCUGGUCGUCGGGCCGGACGACGCGGGGAAGACGAGCUUGGUGAAGAUGUUGGCGGGGUACGCGAUCCGGAGUGGACGGCGACCGGUGGUGGUCAAUUUGGAUCAGAAGCAAGGGAUGCUGAGUGUGCCGGGGAGCCUGAGCGCGAUGGUUGUGGGGACGGGCUUGGGUGGAUUGGACGUAGAGGAAGUCGGGGGAUGGGGAAAUAGUCCGAUCAGUGGACCGAGUGCGGGGGUCGUGAUGAUGCCAGUGGUAUACCACUAUGGGUGUGAAGGGGUGGAGAGCGAGGGGCCUAGAGGAGAGGUAUGGAGGGGGCUGGUGACGAGACUGGCAUUGGCCGUGAUGAGCCGAGUGGAGAACGACGAGGAGGUGAAGGGAGCCGGAUGUAUCAUCGAUACGCCUGGAUUUCUAGGCAGUUCUAAAGGGACAUCAUAUGAAAUGAUACAGCACGUAGUGUCCGAGUUCUCCGUCAACGUCAUCUUAACCCUCGGCUCCGAACGUCUCUACAAUCACCUCACCAAACGAUUCUCCUCGUUAGGUCCAUACGACGACCCGAUCACGAUCCUCAAACUCUCCAAAUCCGGUGGCUGUGUCGACCGGGACGCUGCCUACCUCCAAUCCCUCCGCCAUGAUCAGAUCCGCUCUUAUUUCUUCGGCACUAGCCCCAGCGCUACUUUAUCGCCGUACACUCAGCUCCUCGACUUCUCCUUCCUCUCCAUCUAUACCUUGGCCGACCCCACUGCCGCUACUAACACGGCCUUCUUACCCGGCGGAGUCGACGCUGAAACAGCCGGAACGGAGUCCGAUGGCGCGCUGUUCGUCAAGGUCACACCCAGCCUGCGGAUGCUGAACAGUUUGCUUGCAAUCUUACACUGUCCGAAAGAGGCGGACGAUGAGACCCUGAGACAAGCCAGCGUGGUGGGAUACGUGUAUGUGAGCGAUGUAGACGAGGCGAAGAGUCGUGUCAGCCUGCUGGUGCCGGUAACGGGAAGGGUGCCGGAACGGGCCAUGAUUUGGGGCGAGUGGCCAGAAGGCGUGGCAGACCUGGUGGGAUGA